CUGUUCUCCGUCUAGACCAAAAAAUUUGUUCGAAGCUCUCGCACAACAAAAAUUCUCCUUCACCACACCAAACCUCACCCCACUUCAGCAGACCAUAGACCACCGCCACAGCCUCAGAUCGCCAUCGCCACCGCCGCAGAUCACAGCUGUGUUUAUUCAGUUUAAAAUGAUCUCUGGACUCAUAUAUGAAUGCUUGGGCAUGCCAAGUGGAGAGAACCACCUGGUUCUUUGCUUGCCUCAAUGAAGAGGACUUAAAAUGUGUUAGAAUGUAAAGGGGACAAAGACAAAUGUUAUAUAUAUCAAAUUGGUUCCUUCCGGUGGAUAUUUGGAGAGUGAUAUUGUUUCAAAGCUAGUUGGUCUUGAUCUUUGUUUCCUUGGUGAUGAAGAUAGUAAAAGCCAAUGCUGGCACACUUACCAAUUUCGAAGUGCUUGAUUUUUUACAAUCUAGAGGGGCUGCAAAGGAUUCUGCACGGAUUAUUGUUUCUGUUGCACAAUCAGAAUUCAAAGUUUUUGAUUAUUUGGAGCAGAGCGCUGCUUGCAAUCAGACGAGAGAGAGAAUUACCGAAUUUGUGAAAAAAUGUAAAAAGUACAACCUAGCGAAAGCCGAGAUUCUCAACAUCAUCAACAUUAGACCUUCUUCUGUGGUUGAAAUCGACCCGAUUAUAGAGGAAUGUGAAUCACGUUUGGGAGAUAGUGUUGAAGAAUUGGUAGAGUUGGUGGCAGAGGUAUUGCCCGCUCCUCCAACACAAACAGAGUCUGACGAUGCUGGUUUUGAGGACAAACAAGAAAUUCCAGAUGGGGCAACAAAUGGAAACCAGUUGACACCAUAUUGCUCGGUUGAACUAGAAACUUGUUACAAAGACCUAGAAGGGAUCAGGUGAGUAGCUAGAAACUGAUGAAAAUGAACUGUUAACAUGAAUGAUGUCGACUUUCCUAGUGUGUAUGCUUACCUUUGAUGAUAUGCUUGGAAACACAGUUACAAGUAAUGCUUUUGAAAUCUACAUGGGAUUGGUUGAACCUAGUUGUUUGCU